UGCAGGUGAAACUAACAAAGAGCGCUGGUAUUAGUCUUAUCCCUAAAAAAGGCUCAGUAAGAGACCCAAAGUUUUGAGAAUGGCUGUCCUUGUUUGCCUCAAUCCCCUCCCUUCUCUCACCCUUCCUCACUCUUCUUCACUCUCUAUAUCAUCAACUGUUGCCAUCACUAAUUCCCCAGUUUUCAGGUUGCACUUUGAUGUCCGCUCAAAAUCUUCCAGUAGAGCUCGGAACUUUUUGUCUUUCAUUGCGAGCAAAAGAGGUGCUGUGAUUGUAAAAGCCUCUUCAGACAUUGAUAUUACAGCCACGCCGGAAGGCGGCAAUCCCUCUUUUAGUAGCAAUGAAGAGGUUGUAUCAGUUGAUAAACUUCCGCUGGAGUCGAAGGAGCAGGAGAGGUUGGAACAGAAAUUGAGAAUGAAAUUGGCAAAGAAGAUAAGGCUUAGAAGGAAGCGGCUGGUUCGCAAGCGCAGAAUGAGGAAGAAGGGCCGAUGGCCGCCUUCUAAGAUGAAAAAGUUAAAGAAUGUCUGAACUUCCCCGCUAGUUUUCUUGUAGGUUCGGUUCUGCUUCCUCAUGUGAUUUCAAUUAUUUGUUUUUGAAAGGGGAAAUUAUAUUGUUAAUUUCAAUGUGUCUUAAAGAGCUCCAUGGAUCUAUUGUUCUUCAAUUUAAUUCAGAAUUGAA